AUGUCAGUAGAUAAUCAAGACUUUGUCAUGAAAGCUCUGGAACGAAUGGAAGAAUGUGCCCUCGGUUUGAUCGGUGACGCCAGCUCUACACACAGCUUGCCAACUAUGUCUGGGAAGCAUACUGAUCUACCAACUAUAGAUUCAUCAACAAUGUCCAGUCUUUUCAACAGUUCUUCAAAUUUUACCAUUAUUGAUUGUCGUUAUCCAUACGAAUAUCAAGGCGGUCACAUUCAAGGUGCUAUAAAAAUCUACACUGAGCAAGGAAUCCAAACCUUCAUGGAAAGUCGUCUUCAUUCCACAAAGAACGAUAUUUUGAUAUUCCACUGUGAAUUUUCGUCACACAAAGGACCUAAGCUACGGAGGAUACAAAGCAUUUUAUCAACACAACAAGAGAAACGACUGAGAUUACGAAGACACAAAAUGAUGCAAAAUAUUUAUAAACUAUUAGGGUUAUUUGAAGAAGCCAUUUAUCCCGAUACUUUACCUAUCAUCAGCACAACAAAUAUCAUUUUCCCGCCGUCACGAAUAGGCUUUGAUGUUAUUAAACGUGAUGUUAUGUUUUUGGAUGAAAUCAAAGAUUUCUUUAUAGUCAUAAGCAAUCGUUAUGAUUAA